UUAUCCACACACUAAUAUAAUCCCUGCUGAUCCAGCAGUUCAUUCCAGUUCAUCGGAUGGAUCCAACAAAAGCAUCACAAUAUCUCUAACAAACCGUUCGACUUUCUAGCUCCAACAUCUCGUAGAGAGUCCGCAACAAAUAGCACAAGGUCUAUCAAAGGAAUCGAAUUGACGCAAAUACAUCACAAUGAAAUUCACACUUUUCUUCAUCUCAGCUUUGGCUUUCUUCUGCCUCUCAUCAUCAGAAUCCCCUCCUCAGAAAAAAUCCCAAGACCCAGACUCUGACACUAUUACUGAACCUGUUCUAAUGGACCCAGAAUAUAUCACUACGGAACCUGCAUCAAAGCCAACAGAAUAUUGCAAAUGUGUUGGAGAGAAAGGAGAAAUGGGAGAACCUGGAAUAGAUGGGCAAAAUGGUACCCACGGAAGUGAUGGAAGUCCUGGUGCACCAGGUACUGCAGGUCCCACAGAUUUGCGAGGUCCACCAGGUGCAAUGGGUGGACAAGGCGUGAAAGGAGAAAAAGGUGAGCCAGGAAUGCAACCAAGAAUGCCCCCACCACCACGACAUCCACGGCACGUAAACUGGAAGCAAUGUACUACGACUGAAGGUUCAGACGAACAAAAUGGAGUAUUACUCAGCUGUCCAUUCAAUAAACAUCGUAGUGAAUCUGCACUACAUGUGGAGUUCGGAGGAACUCUACGAACGAUGCUCAAUACCUUGGUUCAUAAUGUUGUUUGUGCUCGAUGGUACUUUACAUUUGAUGGAGAAGAAUGCCAACCGCCAAUUGAUGGGGUUGUGUUUGAGGGACAAAGAGGCAAUUCACAUUAUCCACACCAAAUCGGUGGUUUUUGUCAAAAGACGAUGGCAGACCAAGACAUCACAAAAGGUAUGGUUAACAUCGAAUUUCGCAUUGGGAACUGCCAUCAUUAUAGCCGACGAGAAAAAGGCAUCACUUAUCUUGGCUUAGAUUCUGUUUCACGAGUAAUAAUCACAGAAAUGCCACCACCUCAAAAGUAAAGUUGGGUUGUGAACUCAUGUGUGACUGAUGACUUUUGUGCUAGUUAGCUACACACAGCAAAGCAUAGUUUCUACGUAUCUAGCAGUCUGCCAUUCUGUUGGUGUUCAUUAUUUCACUAAGCAGUUAGAUUAUGCGUCUUGCUGAUGACUGGCAUAAGCAAACGCUGUUGCAAAUUGAAAUGCAGUCAAAACUCA